AUGCGACGAACCCAGAGAAUUGUCCAGAACAUCAGCCGAGCCUCCUCCAUCUGGAGCGAUGUUCCCAUGGGUCCCCCAGAUGCCAUCUUGGGCGUCUCUGAGGCCUUCAAGCGAUGCACCGACUCCAACAAGAUGAACUUGGGCGUCGGUGCUUACCGAGACGACCAGGGCAAGCCCUUUGUCCUUCCUUGCGUCCGAGAGGCCGAAGCGCAGAUUCAGGCUGAACUUGUUGACCACGAAUAUCUUGGAAUCACUGGUCUCCCAGCCUUUACCCAGGCCGCUGCCAAGCUUGCUUUCGCUGAUGCCGGCAACGUCAUCGCUGACGGUCGAAAUGUGACCACCCAGGCAAUCUCCGGUACUGGUGCCCUCCGAAUCGGUUCCGCCUACCUCAACGCCUUUAGCGGCGGCCGAACCGUCUUCCUUCCCCGACCAUCCUGGGGAAAUCACAACCCCAUUUUCACGCACGGCGGCAACAAGAUCGACAACUUCGCCUACUACGACAAGAACACUUGCGGAUUCGACGCCGCUGGCUGCUACGACGAGCUCCGAAACAAGGUUCCAAAUGGCUCCGUUGUUGUUUUCCAUGCUUGCGCUCACAACCCUACUGGUGUCGAUCCUCUUCCAGAACAGUGGAAGGAGCUCUCCGCCAUUUGCAAGGAGAAGGACUUCCUCGUCUUCUUUGAUAUGGCCUACCAGGGAUUUGCCUCUGGCUCCGUUGACCAGGAUGCUUUCGCUGUCCGACAGUUCGUCGAUGAUGGCCACAACAUCCUCCUUUCUCAGUCUUUCUCCAAGAACAUGGGUCUCUACGGCCAGCGAACCGGUGCCUUCACCGUUGUCUGCAAGGACUCCGAAGAAGCUGCUCGAGUCGAAUCCCAGAUCAAGAUCUUGAUCCGACCAAUGUACUCUAACCCACCUGCCCAUGGUGCUCGAAUCGCCUCCAAGAUCCUCAACGACCCCAACUUGAACGCCCAGUUCAGCGGCGACGUCAAGGGAAUGGCCGACCGAAUCAUCUCCAUGCGAACUCAGCUCAAGGCUGGCAUCGAGAGCCGAGGCAACCCUCACAACUGGGAUCACAUCACCAACCAGAUCGGUAUGUUCUGCUUCACUGGUCUUUCGCCCGAGCAGGUUGCUAAGCUCACCGCUGACCACCACGUCUAUCUCACCAAGGACGGUCGAAUCUCCGUCGCUGGUAUCUCGUCAAAGAACGUCGACUAUUUGGCCAACGCCAUCCACGAAGUUACCAAAAUGAAAUUCCGAGCGAAGAUCGAGAAGACAACGAAGAUAAUUACAUUUUCUCAGCUUGCCGCCGUUAUUGCAAAACUAUCAAAUGAAACCAUCUUGCGAUUGAGCAAGAAGAAAGUCUACCUGAUUCAAUCAGUUUCUGCUUCAGAAGAAGGAGUUCUCUGGUGCGAUAUUGAGACAAAGUCCUUAUUCACGGAAUAUAUUUAUCAAGGAUAUGUCGCUCCGGGAUUCGAUGAGGAUGAAAUUAUCCUAGAACUUUCUGCUGCAGAUCUUUGCCGCGCGUUGGAAUUCGGGAAUCAGGAGAAGGUUUGUCCCAGAGAUUUGAAAAUGAAACUCAGCAAAGAAGUAGUGCCAGGAGCAAAAAAUCAAACAAAAAUGGCCAACACUGGAAAUCCCGUCCUCGCUUUUCAAAUUCAAUUCGAGCAAGUCAAGACCGGACGAAAAAUGGUCGUUUCUCGCGAGAUCCCGAUAAAAGUUGUUUCCAAAAAGUUCUGGGCAGAUUACAAGGAGCCGCUUAUGCCAAAAUUCAACAUGUCGAUCUUCAUGCCCACUCUUAGCAAAGUUCGAGUGAUGGUGGACAAGAUCAAGUGCUUGAGCAAGACGGUGAUCGUUCGCGCGAAUCCAGAAGGAACGCUGCAGUUUAGGACGAAAAAUGCGAUGCAGAAAAUAAGCGUCAAUUUCCACAAUCUGGAGAAGCCGGUUUGGGAGGGAGAAGCGACCCCGGAUGAGGCGGAAGCAAGCGUUAGAAUUCCGACAAGGCUAUCAAAUGAUCUUAUUACUGCUUUAAGUCAAUAG